AUGGCAUCCAAAUACCUGCAACAGUUUCCUAUUCCUCCAGAAUUCCCUAAUAUUUUGCGUGAUUUAACAAGAGAAAUCCUUCGUUUGCAGCCUCAAGAUAUCAUAGUAUUUGCAGCUGAAUAUUUUAAAUGUAAACAAGCUGUAAAUUUUACUUACUGCCUAUAUUAUAGCAAAUAUUAUUCUUCAACUAUCUCAUAAAAUUUAUAUUUUCUAUAUUAAAAGCUCAUGAUUCAGCAAUAUAACUAAGGUGCCUCGAAAGCUUCUUUCCCCAUAAAAAAUAUUUUAAGAGAGUUAGGGAAAAGAAUUUGUGUGGGAUGAAGCAAAUCCAAGAGCACCAAGACCAUGCGAUUAUCCAAAAAUCAUAAGAAAAGAGCCAGAUAAAGUAAAAUACUCCACCAAGCCUGGCUCAGAGCCAAAAGCCGCAAGCCAAGUUCACCAAUCUCAUGAAGCAAAGCCAAGCUCAGGGCCAAAAAAUCAAGAAGUAGCUCAUGAGAAGAAGAAAUCAGGAGGAAGUGAAUCUAGAGAUAUUGCUGUCCAGGAGCAUAAAACUGAGUCAAAAAUUGAUGAAAAGCACUCAAAAGAAGCACAUCACAAAGUGACUUCAGAAACCCAUCAAGUCAUCACAGAAACUCGCCAAGUCAUAACGGAAACCCGUCAUGAAAUCCAUAUCGAGCAUAGUGAAGAACAUCAUGAGCAUCAUGAAUCUCAUCAUAGAGUCGAAGAAUCCAAAGAGCAUUAUGAGUCCUCAAUGAUUCCUUCUUUAGCCUCUCCAUCUGAAGCAGCUGCCAAAGAAUAUGUAGAAGGCUUAGUAGAUAGAGUCGAAAAAAGAAUCUCAGUGCAGCCAUAA